CCAGCUCACACCCUCUUCAUUAUGACUUCAACUGCCAGACAGACCAGAGCACAACUUGUGUUAACAGGAUUUUAUGCCUUCUGCUUAAAGAUGAAGAAAGAGUGCAGUAAGAACCCUGCUCCAAAUAUUCCUCACAUUUGCAGCAAACAAUGCCUCGGCCCCCUGACCUUCCAUCCUCAGGCUGUGGGACACAAGAUCCAUCUGAGCGAGGACUGUCAAUGUGCAGACAGAAGUGAAAACACUUUCUACGGUGGCCUGGUGUUCAGCAACCGCCCUGUGAGGAUCUUUGAGAAGAUCCGGGUGAAGAUCCUGAAGCGGACAACACAAUGGAAGGGAGCGAUCCGUGUGGGCUUCACUAAUGUACCUCCAUCAAAAAGGUCUCUGCCUCUGCCAUGCAUGGCCAUGCCAAACCUCACAGACACCGAGGGACACUGGGCUCUUCCUGUGCAUGAGUCCUGCUGUUGGGAGGGAACGGUGCUGGAAUUCUGGGUUUCUACUAAAGGCUACUUAUAUGUGAGACCUGAUAACAGCAGGAAGAAAAAACUACCAAUGAAAGUGGAUCUCCAACAGCCUCACUGGGCCAUGAUCGAUGUCUAUGGUCAGACGACUUCCAUCUUCCUCCAGGGCUCAGAGAAAAAGGAAUUGCUUCUCACUAGAAGAUCCUGUCCUGUACCUGAUCCUCUCAUCAGACCUCCUAGUUUCAACCCAGAUCAUAAAUCUCCCGCUACAACCUCUGAUGCUGUGUCAGACCUAAACAAGAAAAACCCAGCAGAUUACAACUGUGUGGUGUGCAUGAUAGAAGAGGCUAACAUCACGCUGCCCUGUGGGCACCGCUGUCUGUGCCCUCACUGCAGCACCAGGAUCCUGAAGGAGUUUGGUAGCUGCCCACUCUGUCGAACAAUGAUCAACACUCCCAUAUUCAUUGACUCCUGACUCUUUGGAGCAUGCAGAGCUCUGUGGAAGCAUCCAACGCAAACUACUGAGACUCUGUACAACCUAACACAGCAUCUAGUGAAUGUAUUCUGCUACAUAACCCAAAAUUAUAUAUAUGUAAAUAAUGUAUAUUUGUACAUAUCUGUAUAUACAUACACGUCUCUUUUUAUUGUUAUUUAUAUACUAAAUAGAUUAAUGAUAUGUGAUGUUUUUUGUUUAUUAUCACACAUU